CCAUCUCUUUGCCAGUUAAGAAACACUUCUUAUUCCAUAAAUGCUGCCAAGAACACCUCUGGCAUCAUCUGUCGCCUACACUGUUGUGAAUAAGAUCUCUCUCACUCUCUACAUGUAAAUAUUCUCAAUCCAGCUCAUUCACCCUCCGUCCUCAUCCUGCUUGCUCCUUUUUUCUUGCCCUGAAUUAAUUUGCCCACCUCAUAACUGAUACCUACCUUAGAAAGCCAGCGCCUGUCGAUAGUCGGUACGAUGCAAGACCCAAUAGGGAUUCCUGCUUGCUUCUUUUCUUCCGGCGACAAGCCUACUGAUGAUUUGGGUGCCGUAGGCAGGUCUGGACAGAGUGUUUGCAUGUCUGUUUAUCGAACAAAACUCACUGACCAGUCCCGUUUGAUCACAAUCACAUGGUGCAAGAACUUGCUACUCCGUGGUCUCUCUGUAUCAGUAGGAGAGGAAGGAGAGAAGCAGUAUACCUGCAAGGUUGAGCUGAAGCCAUGGUACUUUUGGAGGAAACAAGGUUCCAAGCGCUUUGAAGUGGAUGGCAGAGCUGUUGAUGUCUUCUGGGACCUCAAAGCUGCAAAAUUCAAUGGUGAAACAGAGCCGAACUCGGAGUACUAUGUUGCAGUUGUUUGUGACGAGGAGGUGGUGCUCCUCCUUGGCGAUCUAAAGAAAGAAGCCUACAGGAAAACUGGGCGUAGGCCAGCACUUAUUGAUCCCAUUUUGGUCUCAAAGAAGGAACAUGUAUUUGGUAAGAAGAAAUUCAUCACAAAAGCCAAGUUCCAUGAGAAGGGGAGAUUCCAUGAAAUUUCAGUUGAGUGCAAGUGCAGAAACAGCAAUAGUGGGGGUGGAAGCAUAAGUAAUGGCAGUUCUUUCAGGGGGGUGGAACCAGAGAUGGAGAUAAGGAUAGAUGGGGUUCUGGUCAUUCAUGUGAAGCACCUUCAAUGGAAAUUUAGAGAGAUUUCUGGGUCAGUGGAGGGGCUUUGUGCAGGCGGGUCAUCAGAGUUCUGCUUGUUUCUGUAUGCCUGGAAGGUUGAAUGAGAUACUGCAUUAGCUGAAUUGUUAUAUCAUAAAAGGAGCUACAAGGGAAGAGGGGGGGAGGGGGGGGGGGGGUAUUGGUCUAUAAAAUGCUGCAAAUGGAGAUUGGAGAGAAAGAACGAGGGAAAGAAGAGGAUUUGACGGCCAUCACACGAGAAGGUAGGACCCAAGAGAGGGAUUGGAAGUAAGAUAACAGCUGGUUUGAACAAGUGGGCGUAAGUGGACAGGACAGACUGGGUCACGUUCACAUACACGCCCAAUAAUUCCCUGGCUAAGGACAUCUCUCUUAACUAUUGUCUCUGAUUCUCUCCCCCCCUCUCUCCCUUUCCCCCUCUCUAUUGAUCUGAUCUUGAUAAGCGAACAAUCUCCUUUCAAUAUUCAUGUUUUUUUUUUUCUCUUUUAUAAUAAAAUAUACAGGAGUUAAAAUUUAUUUU